AUGGACCGUGUGCUGGCCACACGGUCCGGGAGCCAUGUGUCGAGUGCUGGAAUUCAAAAGCAAGAUUUGAGGUCUCGUCGGGCCGCUGUGGGACCCGACUCUCCAAAAUUAGGCUGCAAGGGGAGCUUCGGAAUCACAUUCCAGAUGACGAGUACCUGGAUGAACAACACAAGAACGUCACACUCUGGUCUAUUUGCAAAGUCACAAAACGCGAACCCACGAGCUUCACGAGCACGAAUUUGA